GGGCCAGUACCCCGAGUCCGCGGCCGCAGCGCCGAGUUCUUCCGUAGUCUGUAGCGGAGCAUGGGGUGCUGAAGGCCAUGGAGGGCUACCGGGGCUUCCUGGGGCUGCUGGUGUCCGCGCUGCUCGUGGGCUUCCUGUCCGUGCUCUUCGUGCUCGUUUGGGUCCUGCACUACCGAGAGGGGCUUGGCUGGGACGGCGGAGCGCUCGAGUUUAACUGGCACCCGGUGCUCGCAGUGACCGGCUUCGUCUUCAUCCAGGGCAUCGCCAUCAUCGUGUACAGACUGCCGUGGACCUGGAAGUGCAGCAAGUUCCUGAUGAAAUCCAUCCACGCGGGGUUAAAUGCCGUGGCCGCCAUCCUCGCCAUCAUCUCCGUCGUGGCCGUGUUUGAUUACCACAACGUCCGAAGUAUCCCCCAUAUGUACAGUCUGCACAGCUGGGUUGGGCUGACAGCCGUCAUACUCUACGUCCUGCAGCUUGUCCUAGGCUUCUUGAUCUUUCUGCUCCCAUGGGCUCCGCUGUCUCUCCGGGCAGUCAUCAUGCCCAUACACGUGUAUUCUGGACUUCUCCUCUUCGGAACAGUGAUUGCAACAGUCCUCAUGGGAAUAACAGAGAAGCUGUUUUUUGUCCUGAAAAACCCUUCGUACCAUUCGUUCCCGCCAGAGGGUGUUUUUACAAAUACACUGGGCAUUCUGAUUGUGGUAUUUGGAGCCCUCAUCUUCUGGAUUGUCACCAGGCCACAAUGGAAACGUCCCAGAGAACCAGGCUCUAUCCUUCUUCAGCCAAGUGGAGGCACGGAUGGACUGGAAGGCGCCAUAGCCAUAAGCUCGAACCGCAGCCCUGACGCCGUGGAUGCAGAGUUGAGCAGCGACGGAGCAGCCAGGAAGAGAACCCUCGGCCUUGAUGAUGCGGGCCAGAGAUCCACCAUGUGAAAUGUAGAUGCAGCCUACAUUUCUCUCCCGAAGUCAGCCCUGCAGUUCAGCUUCUCUUGCCUAGCCGUUGGUGACUUGGGUUCAUAGUGCCAAUGUAUACCGUGGUCACCAGGGAGGAUUUCCCGAGAGCGUUUGUAUUGCGAGGCCGAAACUUACCAAAUGUAAAAGGGCUUGAUCAAUUUAA